AUGUGCACACUGCCUUUACCGGAAAAGAACCUUAGUCAUCUAUUGUACCUUGUUUGUCGUGUGUCCUCGUCUAUAAGGAGUAAAGAUCGAGGAACUCAAUUGUUGUUUCAUUUGUCGUGGAGUGUGGAGUGUGAACGCACAGCAAAGGUUUGCAGUUGCUCGCUGCAGAUCAAAGGGAUUUUUGUCCGCGUCGUCGCCUUCAUCACGAUCGAUAAAUUACUGGUUCAAUAUUCUGUGGAAUAUCCGUAUUUGAUGAUCACAGAUGAUAAAGUGAAACGAAACUUAAAGGUUGUAAAUUGUAAUUUAUACACCAUAAAAAUUGAAUACCAGACUGCUUAG